AUGGAGUAUUUGGAUGAAGUAUUGAGGAUAUUUUAUGUUAGUAACCUCCAGUUGCUGAUAUUUUCGAUAUCAAGAAAGGAAAACCUAUCCCGGGCCGUGGAGCAUGAGGCAAAUGGAAAUAGAAGGGCUGCCUAUGAAUGCUACCAGAAGGCCGUUGAUAUAUCACCUUCAGUUGCUUAUGACCUUAUCCAGGUACUGAAGAAGGAAAAUGUAUCGUAUGUUGUGGCUCCAUAUGAGGCAGAUGCUCAAAUGACAUAUUUAGCCCUCAACAAUCAUGUUGAUGCCGUGAUUACAGAAGACUCGGAUUUAAUUGCAUUUGGUUGUCCCAGAAUAAUCUACAAAAUGGAUAAAUUCGGGCAAGGUGUUGAGUUUAAGAGUGCCUUGUUACAGUACAACAAAGAUCUAAAUUUAGAGGGAUUCACCCAAAUGAUGUUGCUCGAGAUGUGUAUCUUUAGUGGAUGUGACUAUUUGCAGUCCCUUCCCGGAAUGGGCCUGAAAAAGGCUCAUGCUCUCAUGAAGAAGUUUAAAAACCAUCAAAAUGUAAUUAAGCAUUUAAAGUACAACAACAUUGAGUUUACUCCUCUUUAUGAAGAAUCAUUCAGGAGGGCAAUUUUGACUUUCAGGCACCAACGAGUUUAUGAUCCGGUUGGCGAGGAGAUUGUGCAUUUAUCUGAGCCAGUGGAUAGUACUGAUGAAGAUUUAGACUUCUUAGGCCCAUAUCCUUUUUCUUUAAUUUCCUAUAAGUGA